AUGUCUCGACGUGUUCGUACAACAACAACAUCUGGUAUAUCUUCAAUAUCAUCAUCUAAAUCAAAGAAAAUUUCCAUUCCCAUUCGAAAAUUAACUCAUAAUGUUAUACAAAAGAAAACAUCAGUUAAAAAAUCUUCAUCAACAAAACGUUAUCUCGACCAAUCAUCGUCAACAAUAAUACAACCAAGACAAAAACGUCUUUCAAGUUUAACAGCAACAGCACUUCUUCAAUAUUGUACAAGUAUUCUUUCACCAUCAAGAAAAUUAAAUCGUUCAAUAAAAUCAACUUCUACUCUAUCGAAUAAUUCAAAAACAAAUAAAACAAAACAAUUAUCAAUAGAAAAUAAACAUAUUCCACGAAAACGUCAAAUUUCAAAUGUUUCCUCGAAAUCUGAUAUUAAACUUACACAAACGGAUACUCACAUGCCUAUUCGUAUGCGUCGUGAAGCAAGUUCACGUGCAUCAGCUAUGAUUAUGCAACAAAAUGAAAUCGAACGUAGUCGUUAUAAUUAUUCUCUAAUUAAUAAAAAUUCAACAUCAAUUAUUCGUCGACAUCGUACAAAUAAAGUUGAUAUUCCAUCUAAACAACCUUCUAUUCAAUUAAAUUCAAGUAAUAUCCCAUCACAUCCUAUUCCUACAUCUAUAAUCGAUAUACCAAUUCAAAUUGAAUAUUCUCAAUCAUCAAAUAAUUCUCUACAACCUUUAUCAUCAACUAAUUUAAAAUAUCCAUUAUUAACGGAAGCUAUUUUAGCUGAACAUAAUCGUUUAUAUGAAACAAUACCUAUAUAUCAUACAACAAAACGUGAUAAUCUUAUUAAAUGGACACAAGAAAUAGAUUUACAUGAACGUUUAUCACCACCACUACCAUAUUCUGAACAUGAAAUACCCAUUGAAUCAUCAAAUCAUUAUAAUUCAAUAAAUAACAAAUCUACAGUAUCAUUAAUUCCUGAUUCAAAAAUAAUUGAUUCUAUGACUUUGAAUACAUCAACACAUUCAUUGGAACAUUUAUCAACAAGAAAUAAUAUUAAUAAUAAUCCUAAUUUUCUUUUUUCAUCAGCUGCAUAUUCUCUUGAUUUACAUUCAUUUUAUCCUAUUUUACCAUGUUGGCAAUAUUCAACUUGGCCAUAUCAUUCAUCAACAUCGUUACACCAUCAAAUCCAAUCAUCAUCAUCAUUAAUAAAUCAGAAAACAUCUGUCAUACAUUCUGAAAAUAGACUAAAACAAUUAUCAAUAUUUGAUUCAAAAGAAAAACAAGAAGAAUUAUUGUUAUCAAAAAACGAUAGAUUAACAUUUCAUUUACAUACACAUCAUCAUCAUCAUAUACAUAAUAAUACAAAUUCAUCAUCACAAAAAUCAUCUAGUUUGAUUAAUAAAAAGCAAUAUCAAGAAAUAGAAACGAUUUUAAACUCAAAUAAUAAUAAUAAUAAUCUUAUUGAAAAAGAAUCUCAACAUAUAUCAUCAACAAUUGAAAAUAAUAUAUUAAAUCUUUCAAUAAAUAAAGAAACAAUAAAAAAAACGACGCGAAGAAAAUCUUCUCCAAUCAAAAGACAUAUUAAUAGUGGAACAAAAUCGAAUAGUUCAUCUAGUUCAUCAAUAUGUGACAAUAUUCCACAAAUAAAUAAUUCUAUGAUAACAAUACCGGAAAAAAUAAUAAAUAAUAAUCCAUCAAGAAUUAUUUUAUCACCAUCGAAUAAUCUCAAUUUAAAUGAUAAUUCAUCUAUUGGAAAUAAAAAAACUUCUGAAUGUAUUAUUUCUAAACGUCGAACUAUUUCAUCAACUACGGCAAAUUCUAUUACAAAUAUAUCAAUAGCAGAUGAAAAACGUACACAUUCAGUAUCAAAUAUUUCUUUACGAUCAAAAUCAUCAAUAAACAAAAAACGAUCAUAUUCACCAACAUUAUCAUUAUCAAAUAAAAAUUCUGUUCAAAGAAAAAAACAAAAAAUUUCAAAUUAUUGGAUUCUAUUUGGAAAAUCCGAACAAAAACUUGUUUCAAUUCAUUCUGAUAAACCACCAGUCAUUCGCGAAUGUUAUUCAUCAAUUCAACAUAUAACAGAAAAAGAUAUAAUUAAUUCUAAUGAUUGUGUUAUACUACGUCCUGAAACUGAUACAGAGAAUAAUGAUAUACCAUAUGUAGCUAAAGUUAAAUGGUUUUGGAAAGAACCAACAUCAGAUGAAAUUCAAAUGUCACUUAUUUGGUAUUAUCAUCCUGAACAUACGGAAUUACCAGCACGUGCUAAACAACGUUUUUUACAAAAUGAACUUUUAGCUUCAAGAUAUUCCGAUUGUAUUAAUGUAGCUUGUAUUGAAGAUAAAUGUUAUGUACUUAAUUUAAAUGAAUAUAGUCGUUAUUGUCUUCGUGAAAAAUCGACAAAUCUCUUUGAACAUUCUGAACCAGUCGGACAAUUAAAGUUACUAUUAAAUAGAAAUACUCCGACUGUUUAUCAUCGAUUAUUACCGGCCACAACUGUCGGUAAUCAAAAUAUAUUUUUUUGUCGCCAUGUAUAUGAUUAUCGAGUUAAACGAAUUUUAAAAAAUCCAAGUUUAAAUAAUUUAAAUUCUUAUCCAAUGACAACAACAAUUUCUUCAACUACAACAUUGAGCAUGUGA